AUGCUGUAUUGGAUGGGGGAGGCAGGAGCGCAGGCCUUGGCAUCGAGACUUGGAGAGGACUGUGACAACCUUACGCAUCGCAUGGCCAUGACAUCGCUGGUGGCCUCUGGGCGCACCGGUGUCGACGCCCUACAUUUUGCCCUGGGAGGCUCCGACCCCAUGAGCCGACGGAAUGCCGCAGAAGCAUUGGCCAUGGCCGGCGAUGCGGGCAGUGAUGCACUUGUGGACAGGUUGCAAGAUGCUUCUGCUGAUGUCCGGCUCUCUGCAGCUUGGGGGCUGUCCAGGAUACCCAAGCUCUCCCGUGUCGCAGCCCUGGCACUGGCCCAACGUCUUGAAGACUCCCCUGUGUGCAGCUUUGCCCUGGAGGCGCUCAGCCUCAGGGGUGAGCUUGGUGCCUCUGCACUUGCUACGCAGCUUGCCUCCGAACAGAAGGAGGCACAGCAAUUGGCCGCCGCAGGCCUUGAGAAACUGGGAGAGGUCGGAGCCCGUGGGGCGGCCGAGAUGAUGAGCCACGAGAGCCCUGGCGGCCGCCGCCGCGCCGCCGAGCUGCUCGCCUCCAUGGGGCCGGCCGCGGUUCCUGCCCUGGUGCCCUGGCUCCGUGAUGCGCACGGCGACCUCCGGCGCAGAGCCGCCGAGGUUUUGGGCCGCCUGGGCUCUGCAGCUGCCGGCGAGGUCAAAGCCUUGUCGCGGCUCCUGGAGGAUCCAGAUCCCUAUGCACGGAUCAGUGCUGCCCGUGCGCUCCGUGCUGACGGCCUAAGAGAGGCUGCCAGUGCGGCUGGCAUUUCGGAGGAGCGAAUCGCGGCUGCUCUCAGCAGCAGACAGGUACCUCGCAGAGCCAGAAGACCUCGCUUUGCCAUGUCAGAGAUGUGA